AUGAUAAAUCUAGAGGACUAUUGGGAUGAUGAUACGCCUGGGCCUGAUAGGGAACCGACUAAUGAACUGAGAAACGAGGUGGAAGAAACCAUCACGCUGAUGGAACUACUGAAAGUAUCCGAAUUGAAGGACAUUUGCAGGUCUGUAUCAUUCCCAGUUUCGGGUCGGAAGGCUGUUUUACAGGACCUUAUCAGGAAUUUUUUGCAGAACGCCAUAGUAGUAGGCAAGUCUGAUCCCUAUAGAGUCCAAGCCGUUAAAUUUUUGAUAGAAAGGAUUAGAAAGAAUGAACCUUUGCCUGUUUACAAAGAUCUUUGGAACGCUCUAAGGAAAGGUACCCCACUGAGUGCUAUCACAGUACGUUCUAUGGUAGGGCCUUCCACGGCGCAACCGCAAUCACCCUCCGUUAUUAGGCAGUCACCCACGCAACGGCGGAAAACGUCUAGCACAUCUGCCACAUCUCGGGUACCACCAGCAAAUCCUGAAGCCUCUUCUUCAUCUCUUGCUGUACCGACAAUCCAUUUCAAAGAAUCGCCAUUUUACAAAAUACAAAGACUAAUUCCCGAAUUAGUGCUGAAUGUGGAAGUCACAGGUGGUAGAGGUAUGUGUUCUGCGAAAUUUAAAUUGUCCAAAGCGGAUCAUAAUCUGUUGACUAGCCCGAAUAGCAAACACAGGCUAUACUUAUUUUCUGGGAUGGUUAAUCCAUUGGGAUCUCGAGGUAAUGAACCCAUCCAGUUUCCCUUCCCAAACGAAUUAAGAUUCAAUAACGUUCAGAUCAAAGAUAACAUAAGAGGUUUCAAAAGUAAGCCAGGAACAGCUAAGCCAGCGGAUUUAACGCCUCAUAUCAAGCCUUAUACCCAACAAAACAAUGUUGAGCUGAUAUAUGCCUUCACCACUAAAGAAUACAAGUUGUUUGGGUACAUUGUGGAAAUGAUCACCCCGGAGCAACUCCUGAAUAAAGUUUUACAGCAUCCAAAAAUUAUUAAACAAGCCACGUUACUUUACUUGAAAAAAACAUUCAGAGAAGAUGAAGAAAUGGGGUUGACAACAACCUCUACCAUCAUGAGUCUUCAAUGUCCAAUUUCGUACACAAGAAUGAAAUAUCCUUCAAAAUCAAUAAAUUGUAAGCACUUACAAUGUUUUGAUGCAUUAUGGUUCCUACACUCCCAACUACAAAUUCCUACGUGGCAGUGUCCAGUAUGUCAAAUUGACAUAGCUUUGGAAAAUUUAGCAAUUUCUGAAUUCGUUGAUGACAUCCUACAAAACUGUCAAGAAAACGUUGAACAAGUAGAAUUGACAUCUGAUGGUAAAUGGACAGCCAUCUUCGAAGAUGAGGAUGACAGCGAUAGUGACAGUAAUGAUGGCGCUAGAAGCCCGGAGAAAAGUACUUCAGUAUCCGACCAUCCUUGUGUUUCUUCACGUCCUAGUGAGCCAAUUAUCAUAAAUUUGGACAGUGAUGAUGACGAACCAAAUGGAAGUAACCCUCAUAUUACUGAUAACCAUGAUGAUAGCAACGGUUUUAGUGAUAAUAAUAAUAAUAAUCAAAAUAAUAAUAAUAGUAUCAAAAAUAAUGAUAGUCGUAAUAAUAAAAAUAAUAAUAGUAAUAAUCAUAAUCAUAACAAUUACAGUAAUAAUGUCAAUAAUCAUUAUAAUAAAAACAACAAGAAGGAUAAUUACGCCAAUGAUGAUGAUGAUGAUGAUGAUGAUGAUGAUGAUGAUCGGCUUAUGGCGGACAUAGCUAGCAACCACCUUGGAAAUACUAAUACAGAUCCCCUUACUCAAAAAAGUGCAAGUGUACCGUCAAAAACUCUGGAUCCGAAAAGUUAUAACAUCACUGCUUCAGAAACUACAACUCCGAUAACGAAUAGGGUUAUUUCUGAGCAUCUUGGGAACAGUUCCAGCUACAUUGGGAGACAAUUGCCGAACAUACUAGGAAAGACGCCUUUAAACGUUUCUGGUGUUGCUAAUUCCUCUCACUUAAUUUCUCCCGACGUUAGCUUAUCAUCCCCUACGCCAAGAAACACCGCUUCAAACGCAAGCUCGAGCGCUCUAAGUACACCUCCCGUAAUAAGAAUGAGUUCUUUAGAUCCCGGGGGAUCUAUCGUUGCCAAUAAAACGAUCAUAAGGCCUCUCAUAAAUACCAACAAUCAUCCUACAUCGACAACAGAUCCAUUUGUCCAGCAUCAAGAAUCUUCAGUUUUCCCACCACGUGAACAGUAUAGAGAUAUUUCGUUUCCUUCCGCCGUGAAUGCGACAUUCGAUGAUUCACGUUUAAAUGCUACAAAAUUUUCUGCCUCAAAAUUGCGUGGGGCAACUAUUUUGUCGAAUAAUGGCCUAAAUCAAAGAAACAACUCUUUACCAACAACAGAUCCAACCGCGAGAAAUGAAACUGGGCGACAAGUUUCGAUGCCUGUACUUCCAACGUUGCCUCCCAACGUCCCAAUUCAAGUCUGUUCCAAUAAGUCUGUACUUCCUCGGAUAAACAACGAAACCACUGUUACGGGUACCAACCCUCCCAGCGGCGCAACCAUACCAUUGCAGAAGUCCAGGCUCAUUGUGAAUCCAUUCAUUCCAAGAAGACCUUAUUCUAAUGUCCUGCCUCAAAAAAGACAGCUUUCUAAUGCUUCUACAACACCAAGUGGACCCAUAAUGGGAGCAUGGAAAACGCAGGGUUAUGGAAAGAAAUCCAACGAUGAUUAA